AUGCUCCAGAUCCUCAUUCUCGCGUCGCUCGCCCUUCUCAGGCCUUGUUGGGUCUAUUCUCCCUACAUUCUCGCCUGCUGCUGGUGGCUCGCGACUAGACCCCGCCUGUUAGACCUACGGCCAUUCAGGCGCCGUGCUCUGUUGCGCGCAUACAUUGCUCUACACAUCCUCGCCCUCUUCCUCUUCCAGCUGCCUCUCUCACAGCACUGGCGGCCCUUCGAGCAGUGGGGCCAGACACUUGGCCUCUUCCGAUUGGACGUGAGGGAGAUUCUGGAUCCGCGGCAGCUGCUGCAUGUGCUGGAAACGGCUCUCCUGCUCUCCGCCUUUGCACUGCCUCUCAGCCUUCUUCUUUCCUCUCCCUUCUCCCCUGUUCCCUCUCCGAUCUCUCCUUCACACCAGCUGUCUUCCCAUCGCUCCCUCGCUACCUCCCAUCAUUCUUCCCGCACUCGGUCCUCUUCCCGCCCACCCUCGUCUCAAGCUCCACGCCCACACUUGCACCCAACCCCUGGCCUCUACCCCCAACGUUCCUCCCAAACCUCCGCCUGGCUCGGGCCGAGCCUGCCUCUUUUAGCUUCGAAAGCAUCCCAGAUUCUGUAUCAGGUGAUUGAGGAGGAGGAGGAGGAAGGGGAUGAUGCGGCUGGGGAGGAGGAGAGGGAAGAGGAGGAGGGCGGGGAAGGGGAAUGGGAGCUGGAGCAGCAGGAGGAGGUAGUUGCAAAAGCGCUAGCAGCUAGAGUGAGAGGGGCAGGUGUGGGAGGCGUGCAGUGGCGAGGGGGGGCACAGGCGAGGGGUGGGUUCGAGAACAGGGAGCAGCAGAGAGGAGAGAAAGGGGGGAAUUGGAGGGGAGAGAGGGAUGUGCCACUGAGGCAACUGGGAGCAGGCAGUGCAUCGAGAGGAGAGGAGUUGGUGGGGGGAGAUGCAGACGCUGAGGAGGAUGACAAUGGGAAGGGACUCAGACGCCAGUCGUCCGCAUCUCAGCAGCUCUGUGCCACCCUGGUCGUUUUCGGCCCUGCAAUCUGCACGGCAUCGCUUGUCACCAUCUGCCAAGCUAUUGGGCUGCAUCGCUUCCCCAAUCCAGCCCUCCCCCUUGCUCUCCACUUCACCACAGCACUCCUCCUCACAGCCUACGUCUUUGCCUGCACCGCCAUGCUUGCCUCUUCUCCCUCCUCCUCUGCCUCUUCUGCCUCCUCUUCCUCCUCCUCUGCCCCUGUCACUUCCUCCUCUUCCACCUCUGCUGCAGAUGCUUCUGCUGCUUCUGCAGCAGGGAGCAUUGACAGGGGUGACAAUACGGGAGGGAUCAGCAGUGGUGGCGAAGCAAUGGCUAUGCCAGCAGCAACACAGGACAGAGAUGCAGUGGCAGCAGAAGUGGCAGCGGAACUGGCAGCAGCAGGGCAUGAUGGGUGGCUGUGCUUCCUGCUCUCCUUCUCCCUCUGGGCUGCCCGCCUGCUCGCCUUCUCUGCCUUUGUCCUCCUUGUGCUUGUCCACGCGGCAGACAAGCUCGCCCUGCUGCGCGCCCCCUAUGUGCUACUACUGGUGAUGCUGCUGGUCUACCCCUCACGAGCCCAUGCUGUCUACUCAGCCUGCAUCGCCUAUUCCUCCCUGCAUCUUCUACUGCUCUUUGCUGCCACUGACCCUGCAUUGGGGCAGCUCCCUCUGCCCGCUUACUGGAAAGCCCUGCUGUCACUCCUUGGUAUUCCCCCUGCCCUGACCCCCCAGGCCAUCACCCCUCCAGCCGGCAUCCUCCUGCUUGCCUACGCCAUGGCUCGCGCCCGCUCCUCCCUGCAGCAAUCCCUUGCUACCACACACUCUCUCCCCCACCACCCCUUCCCAUGGCUGCUGCUCGAGCUAGCUGCCUCCUGCCCGCCUCCCAUGGCUGCGGCUCUUCAGUUAAAGCCGCACCCAGACAGUCUCCUCCUGCCUCCCUCCAAGGGCCCUCCCUGGCCGUAUCUCUGCUUGGCGUACCCGUCUGCCUUAGCAACAGAGGCCAACACCUACUUCAUCCUCACUGCAUUCUUCACCAUUCUAACCCAUAUGCACCCAUCUGCUGUCUCCCUCUGCUUCCUCCUCCUCCUCAUCAUCUGGGUCUGGCUCUUUCUUUGGCCAUCCUCCUCCCGAACCUCCUCCCGCACCUCCUCCCAAACCUCUUCCCAGCUCUCCCACCAGACCUCCUCCCAUGCUGGAAGAUCCUCCUCUGCGUUGCACUCCUCCUCCCGAACCUCCGUCUUCCGAGCCUCUGCGCCAGCUCUCCGAGCCUACAUGGCGCCACUGACCGCCUCAUUUGCAGCUACAGUGCUCUUGCUUCGCGCAAAGGGCUCCAAAUCCUUCCAUUUCCCUCCUCCGCCUCCUGCUGCCAGUGCUGCUGCUGGUGGUUCUGCAGUUGACGCUGCUAUUGCAGCAACAGCAGCUGGAGCAGCUCCGGCAUCCGAACCAGUUGCCGAACCUGCAGGCUCGGCAGCAGGGGCAACCAGCACUCCACCCCCAGUCAUCUCCUGGUCCCACGAACAAUACCCCCUUAUAGGCUUCUUCGGCUGGGUGUCUUUUUUCAAGCGCCUGCUCAUCCUACACUGUCCCACCGCCCUCCCCUGCGCGGCGUUUUUCGCUGCUCUGUAUCCUGUCAGCGCGAUAGGAUUUGGGUUUCUGCUGCUGGCGGUGCUGGGGUGUGUGAGGCUGAGGGCUGUGAGGGGCACGGCGCCGAGAUGGAUGUUCUUAUAUGGAGGGGCGGCGCUGGUGGUGGAGUUUGGGUUCCAGGUGGUGGUGGCACAGUGGGGGCUGGCGGCAUGGGUGGACCAGCACAGCGCGAUUCUGCAGUGGCUGGGCCUUGUCUUAUAUGAAGACACCGCUAUUAGCACUGUAGCAGGGGGGCGAAUGUGGGCUUUAACAUCCGGGUGUACUGCCAAAUCGGUGCUCCUAGCUGCUUGCCUGCUCCACCAUGCCUCCUGCCACUGGCUCGCCGAGCUUCCUCCGGAGCUUCGGGCCGACCUUAAGGGCGAGCUGUGCAUGCUGUUUGUGCCUGCCGAAGCUGUAGCUGCGGCUCGGCAUGCUGCUUCGGUGCAUGCAGAGGAAAUGACGUUUCGCAGUCAAGAACAUUGUCUCGCUGCUCUGUACCCCUCUGUUUAUCAAAACCCCUCCCACGCCAUCCCGUUCCCCUCCCAUUCCCUGCAGGUGGUCGUGCUGUACCUACUGGUUGCCAGUUUCGCAGUCAAGAACAUUGUCUCGCUGCUCUGUACCCCUCUGUUUAUCAAAACCCCUCCCACGCCAUCCCGUGGCGGUGCUCUUCCUGCUGGUCGACUCGCCAGUUGCGCAGUCAAGAACAUUGUCUUGCUGCUCUUUGUGUUCCUUCUGAAUGAAAGACCCUCCUAUGCCAUCCCACCCCCCUCCCCUCAGGUGGUGGUUCUCUUCCUGCUGGUCGCCAGUUUCGCAGUCAAGAACAUUGUCUCGCUGCUCUACACAUCCAUCGUCGGCCUCUGCAUCGCUCUCCCUCCCCGCCUCGUCCGUCUGCUCUGGCCGCUCCUUACAGUCACCUUCGCUGCAAUCACCCUCUGGCAGUACUACAUGCUCGCCGGCCCCCCUCCCUUCCACCACCCCCCGCUUGCACCCCCUCCCUCACACACCCCUCCUGCAUCCCCUACCUUUCACUACCGGACUGGUCCCCCACCUCCUUUUCAUUACCCUUCCGGACUCUCUCCCUCGCACACACCUGGAUCGCUACUGAAUCCACAGUCGCCUCAAGACAGGCAGCGUUUUCUUCUGAGCGUGUUCCUCCCACCACACCCUCAUCCUAGCUCGCUCUCGCUCUCCUUCCCUCCGCAAACGCACCCAAGCUCUCCCUUAAACCCGCCUGCCUAUUUCCCUAACGGGCUCAGCGAAAACUCUCUUUGGCAUUCAGCGGAGGUUAGCAACGUGAGCGGAGGAGGGCUAUUCAGCAACAUCAACAGGCGGCCGCACCCACCCAAGACGCACAGCCGCAACUGCCAGGACUGCUGGCGCAGCACAGAUUCCAAGGACCCCACCUGCUGGGACUGCUGGCUCGAAGGGCCCUCACCCAGCUGGACCUUUCUGGACCACUGGCGAUUCCUCUACUACAAAUACCUCCUUUGGAUCGUCCUCAUACUAGUCUUCGCCACAGGAACCCUCCAAUACGACCUCCUACACUGCGGCUACCUUGCCCUCUCCUUACUCAGCACGCGAAAACACGCGGCGAUUCUCCGAGGGCAGACCACUGUCCUGAACUACCUCCGAGCAUACAACUUCCUGCUGAUCACCGCUUCCCUGGUCUACCAGUGCCCGUAUUUCCCGUACCUGCCCGCGCUGUCAUGCAACCCGUUUAGUAUUGUCGGGCUGUAUAAGUAUGACUACGGGCUGAGGAUGGACACGAGGAGUGCGGUGGUGGAUCUGACCAUGUUUGUGCUCAUCACCCUCUUGGCUCACAGCCUUAAGUCGGAGCUCUUCCAGCAAGUGCUGCUCUUCACCACCAAGCAGGAGGUGAGUCAACCAACCUGCGUGGGUGGACUAUACAUGGGUAGGCGCGUAGGUGCACCAGGGGAGUGCAGUGCGUGUUAG